AUGGAGUCCUCGUCAUCCGCAAGCGCGCCGUUCCCAUGGCACAUCGGUGUCUUCGAUGCCCAUUGCCAUCCAACCGACACCAUGUCUGCCGUGUCUGCCGUGCCUCACAUGAAAGCAAAGGCUCUGACCGUCAUGGCAACGCGCGCCCAAGACCAGCAGCUGGUUGCCGAUGUCGCCGACAGCCUGGGCGUUCCCUCUCCUGACGUCGACUCAUGGAAGCAGGGAGAACGCCUCCUGCCGUGCUUUGGCUGGCACCCGUGGUUCUCGCACCAGAUGUUCAGUGAGGAUAUGUUCACCGGGAAAAAAACGCUGGAUGAAGAUGAGAAGAUUCUCCAUUACAAGAAAGUCUUAUCGCCGCCGCCCGACGACCAUGAUUUCAUCCUUUCUCUGCCCAACCCUCGGCCCUUCUCCGAGUUUCUCGGGGAGACAAGGAGCUUCCUGCGUCGCUAUCCGCUGGCCCUGGUGGGGGAGAUAGGCCUUGACAAGUCGUUCCGCAUCCCAGCGGCUUGGCUUCCUGACGCUCACGAGAGCCGCGAUGACUCGCUCACGCCUGGAGGCCGCGAAGGGCGGGGCCUGACGCCGCACGUAGUAGCCUUGGAUCACCAGAAGGAGAUCCUCACAGCCCAGCUGAAGCUCGCUGGUGAGAUGAGGCGUGCCGUGUCCGUGCAUGGGGUUCAGGCGCACGGCAUUCUGCUCGAGACUAUCAGAGCAACGUGGAAAGGUCACGAGAGGAAACGGAUGAGCAAACGCGAACGGAACAGACGCGGCGUGACGGCCGAAGAGGCCGACGAGGAUUUGUAUGCGGACGACGAUUCGCCCAAGCCGUUUCCCCCUCGCAUCUGCCUUCACUCCUACUCCGGCCAUCCUUCGACCCUUCCGCAGUACUUUGACUCUUCUGUCCCAGCUGAAGUCUUUGUUUCAUUCUCCACCGCCAUCAACUACUCUGACCGAGCAGCCCACACGACGUCGCAGUCUAUCAAAGCAGUCCCUGACGACCGCAUCCUUGUUGAAAGCGAUCUUCACGUUGCUGGCGAUCCCAUGGACGAGCAUCUAGAGGACAUUGUGCGCAGAGUCUGUGAGACCAAGGGAUGGGGACUUGAAGAAGGCACAAGAAAACUCAGGCAGAACUGGGAACGAUUUGCCUUUGGAAGACGCGAGAAAAAACCUGCACUGGCGGAUGACCAGACCAGUAACUAA